CUUUUUGCAUGUUGAGGAACAUUGCUCGUAACGCCAAUCGCCUCGGAAAUUCGAUAGUUUACUCAACUUGUAAACCGAGACAAUCCUUGACAACUAAACGUUUUAACAUGUCUAAUAAUUUGAAGAAGCCAGCUAUUGGGCCCUCCCAAAAAGUUGCUCAUUUCGAACGUGAUGUAUGGUCUAUUUUCACACCUUUGGCUGUAGAAACAAAGGCCAUCAAUCUAGGACAAGGUUUCAUGAACUUCAACCCCCCUGAUUUCGUACAGGAAGCCGCCAACCAAGCCAUUCAUGACGUUGGAUCCAAUCAGUACAGUCACCCACGAGGACGACCUAGGCUGAGACAAGCCUUGGCUAAAUCGUACAGCCCACUUUUCGGACGACAACUUGACCCCGAAUCUGAAGUGAUUGUUACUGCUGGCGCAAAUGAAGGAAUGUUUGCUACUUUUGCGGCAUUUCUGGAUGAAGGCGAUGAAGUUAUUUGCAUGGAACCAUUUUUUGAUCAAUAUAUCUCUAAUAUCACCAUGAAUGGAGGUGUCCCCGUUUAUGUUCCAUUGAGAGCCCCAGCCAAGGCAGCAACCGAGAACAUUUCUUCGCAUGAAUGGAAGUUGGAUAUCAAUGAGCUUCGUAGCAAAAUCACCAAGAGAACAAGAAUGAUUGUGAUCAACACUCCUCACAACCCAAUUGGAAAAGUCUUUGACGAAGAGGAAUUGAUUGCCAUCGGUGACGUUGCUGAGGAACACAACCUGAUUAUCCUAUCUGACGAAGUGUACGAUCGCCUCUAUUAUGAACCCGCCAAACAAGUUCGCAUUGCCACUUUGAAGAACUUUUGGGAUAGAACGAUAACUGUUGGCUCUGGCGGCAAGUCAUACGCUGCUACUGGAUGGCGUGUAGGAUGGCUAAUUGGUCCUAACGAACUUAUUCAGUACUCACUGGCCGCACAUACUCGUGUUGUGUUCUGUGUUAAUUCUCCUUGCCAGGAAGCAUUGGCAAUUGGCUUGGAAAAGAGUCAGGAUUUACCUUAUUUCCAAGAUCAAAUCAAGGCAUAUACUAAGAAGAGACAGAUUCUAUCAGCUGUCUUUGAUGAACUUGGUUUACCCUAUACAGUACCCGAUGGCUCUUAUUUCAUUCUUGUUAACACAACCAACGUGCAAUUCCCCAACAACUAUGAGUUCCCUGAUAUUUUGGAAUCUCGCGCUAAAGACUUUAAAAUGUGCUAUUGGCUCGCCAAGGAAAUUGGAGUUGUUGCCAUCCCACCAUCCGAAUUUUACUCCAAAGAGAACCGUAACCUCGCUGAGGAUUUUGCUCGCUUUGCUUUCUGUAAAUCAGACGACGUUUUGGAAGACGCUGUCGUGGCUCUCAGAAAACUUGCACCUUACAUUAAGAAGUAGAUGACCGCCUACCGGCUUUGCAUUGCUACGCUGGUGGUCGUAAAAAGUGAAUUGUGAAAAAAUAAAAAGCCUCUCCUCCCAAAGAAAGCGACGAGAGAAUCGUUGAAAUUUGGUGGCUCUAGGAAAUGCAAGUUUGUUGAAGUACGUCUAUUCUUGCAUCAUCUUUUGUAACGUUUGUCCAUCGUAACCGUGUACUGACAAAUCACUCCGCGUCUCUGUUGGGUCAUCUAACGUUUGCUCCAAAUAAAAUGCCUAAGGACGAAGCGAUUAGUACUAGAAAUUUGAACAAUUGAUA